UUUCAGUACAAGAGAAAGCGAAUCCGAGCAACAAUAACACAUUUACUCAUCUGAUUUCACUCACACUUUGGAUCUCCUACUCACAAAUAGACACUCGUACAGAAAGACACCUGUUAUAACUGACCUGUCGAGUGGGGCGGUGGAGAGUGGCUCUCGUGGUAUGACUACUACAAACAAGGGCAACAAAGCACUGAAGGUGAAGCGAGAGCCAGGUGAAAAUGGCACAAGUCUUACGGAUGAUGAGCUGGUGUCUAUGUCUGUGCGGGAGCUGAACCAGCACUUGCGUGGUCUGUCCAAGGAGGAAAUUCUGCAGUUGAAACAGCGGCGGCGCACACUCAAAAACCGUGGCUAUGCUGCCAGCUGCCGCGUCAAACGUGUGACACAAAAGGAGGAGCUGGAGAAGCAGAAGGCGGAGCUUCAGCAGGAAGUAGAGAAGCUUGCCUCGGAAAAUGCUAGCAUGAAGGUGGAGCUUGAUGUGCUGCGCUCCAAAUAUGAGGCUCUCCAGAGUUUUGCCAGAACUGUGGCCCGCAGCCCUGUUGCCGCUGCCAGGGGCCCCAUCACAUCUGUCAUAGGGCCCCUCAUACCAGGCAAAGUGGCUGCCACUAGUGUCAUCACCAUUGUCAAGUCCAAAACAGAAGCACGAUCAUAAUGCACAAAUGGGGGACAAUUGUAAGUAUACUGGUCAGCGUAUUCAUCAGGCACAGGGUUGCUUAAGUUUUAUUUUAAAGUUUUAUAUUAAUUGAUAAAAUUCAGAAAGAUCUUCUUUGUGACUAUAAAAAUAUAUACAGACAACACUAAAGUAUAUCUGAUGUCAUUUACAACCCUUGUUGUUAAUGAACAGCAAUUAUUAUCAACAUAUCAUUUAAUCAGAAUAUUAUACACUUGAGGUUCACCCAAAAAUGAUUAAAACAUUUGCCAUGUUGUUACCAUCAUGUUGUACUAAACCCAUAUGACUUUGUCCAUAAAACACAAAAGUUAUUUUUGUGCUGCUUUUUUCCACACAUUGACUGGCAAGUGUCAAUCUCUACAAAAGUAUUUAAAAUGCACUGUAAAGUAUCAUAAAAACCGUCACAAAAGUCACAUUGUAACAUUUAAACAACUUGUGAUUAAAGACACAAGAAUUGGUGCCAUUUGUCACCAGUGUUGGGGGUAACGCAUUACAAGUAACGUGAGUUACAUAAUUAGAUUACUUUUUCAGCUAACUAGUAAAGUAAAACAUUACUUUUAAAUGUAUAACUAAAUAUAUGAGUUACUUUUUCAAAUAAGUAAUGCAAGUUACUUUGUUUUCCCACUGAUUCAGUGACACCUCUCCUUUCCCCAUGUUGAGGGAAAAUGGAAAUGAGGUGCAGAGGCACUUCAUUCAGCCUGAGGCUCAUUAAUUUCACUUUUGGUGUCAAAGGGCCUCUAUAGUUGGCAAAAAACAAAAAAAAACAAAUAAGCAAGCCCAGCAAACAAAAAGUAAUGUAAUGCAUUACUUUCGAUAAAAUACUAGUAAGUUUUUAUGGAGUGACGCAGUAUUGUAAUGCAUUGCUUUUAAAAGUAACUUAACACUGUCUGUCAUUGACAUCAAACUUUAUGCAGUGCAUGUCAUGACACCAAAUUUUAAAUGUGUGUAUUCCCUACUGAACAGAGGGAGAGAUAGUUAAUGAAUAACUUGAAUUUAAAUGUGUGUCUGAUAGAUUUAUUUAUUUAUUUUUGUUUGUUUGUUUGUUUGUUUUUUUUAAAUCUUUUUUGUGGCUGGACGGAAUUGGCCACUGUAUGCAUUCAUUGUUUGGAAAAGAGCAUGGACAUUGAGUUCCAUGGAAGAAAGUUAAUCGUAUGUGUUCAGAUUGACGUGAGGGUUCAUGUCAAUACAAUGCAAUGACUAACUUGAAAUGUCAGUUUUCAUUUUCUCGUUUUUGGGUUAACUGUUCCCUUUAAAGUUGACUUGACUUACCUGUGCUUGAUAUUUUCCACUGACUGAUAUACAGAUGGAAAAAACAAAAUAUAUUCACUAUCUAUAUUCUAUCAGAAAUGGUGGUGUUCCCUUAACAUAAGGAUCUUGUAAUUCACAAAGCGAGCAAAAAUUCUUUUCAACUAUCAGUUUUCUUUCCUGUUAAGUUCAAUUCCAUUACUGGAAUGAUGUUUACAAGUUAUAUUCUGAGGAAUAUGACUAGGAGAGGCAAUAAACUACUGUAUUUAUGCAUGGGAGAGCAGAGGCCCUGUUGAGCUGUCUGGCAGGUGAUGUUCAUCUUUUGCAGACAUGAGACAUAAGAAAGCCUUUUCUUAAAGAUAUCACAGAGAGAGGAGGCAUUUACUUGUUUUUAGAAAAUAUUUGAAGUUGGUAAACCGUGUUGGUAAAACUGAUUAUUCUAGCUUUGUUCAGAGUCGUAUUGCUGUAGUUUUGUUGUUCUGUGCUUUGUGUGGAUGGGCUGGUCCAAUUAAUUUUCCCGAAGCAACCCAACACAAGCUUUAUUGUUGAAUCGUUAGCAAAUGGUCUCUGAUGUCUUACUCCAGCUACUUUGUUUUUUCUUUCCUGAAUGACAAAAAAGAAAAAAAAGUUAUUUAUAUGAACAAAAAAAUAGUUUGAUAUCAAUUUUGCAAUUGUACCAAAAGUGGCUUAUUAUUGAAGUCUGAUUGCUUUUCUAGUAAAUAGGCGCGUGCAGUGGGGUAGCGCGUGGCGUGCUGUGUAUGUGGUCAGGUGGCAGUGUUGUUCACUGUGUAAGUGUCCAGCUGUAUUCUUUAAAUGAAUAUUAUAAAGUAAUAUAGACAGUGUACAGCAGCCAGUCAUUCAUAUUGGCUCCUUCCAUAUCUCUGUAAUGAAGAUGUCUUGCACUCAGAACAUCUGGGUUUUGUUGAAUGAUAUAAGUUCCAGCUUUACUGCAGCUAACUAUAACAAACCCAAUGUGACGCUUCAUAAUGGUGCAUAGCCAGUCUGCGGUUCUCUUCCAGCACAGGUGGUUGGGCAAAACACAAUUUAUCCUUAAUGUUUCGGGGCAACAUUUUAACAAAAAUAGCAAGACCUGAAUGUAAAGUUGUGGUUCUGUUCCAAACCCUAGUGAACUGUCCAUAUUAAGGUAUUAUAUGUGCUCUCCCAACAUGAAGCGUGUUCUAAAAGAUGCCAAAUAAGGAAGCAUGGCAGGACAAGUGACAAAUUCAGUAAAAAAAAAAAAAAAGAAGAAGAAAAGAAAUGCAUAGCAAAGCAGUCCCUUACUAGGGUGUGGAACAGAGCUAUAAUUUUUAAAAAGUUAAUUGACUGUCAACCCUGUCAUCUUGCUCAUGUUCUGUAUCUGAUGGACAGAUGUUGUCUCUGAUUCAGAGUAGAACUACAUACAGCGUAAGACAUUUGCUUCAUGAGACUCCUCUGUGAGAGAUGAUCAGGGUAAGUGAAAUGCACUAAUGAAGUGGGCUUAUUUUGAUAUGCUCUUCCCUGUUGUUAUCUCAGGACAUAUAUUCAGUGUAAUAUAAAGAUUAAAAGCACCAGAAGUACUUUGACUUAUAGCCCUGAUGUGUAUGUUACAGCUGUGAAAAUCAGCUGCAUGGUUGUGAACUGAACAGAAACUGAAUACACAUACACAUACACACAACAUACACAUACACUUUCUGGCAAUGGCAAAGUAUUUGCAGCCAUGAGAACUUAGACUCCAGAUCAUUGACUGCAGUUGAUUUAAAGUGAUAGUUCAUCCAAAAGUAAAAAUUCUGUCAUACACCCAUGUUGCUCCAAACCACUAUGAGUAGGGUGAAAUUUCUGGUCUGCCUUUUUCUAUACAUUCAUAGUCGACAGUGAUUUUUACCACACAGCUCCAAAAAGGAAACAAGCAAUGUAUGUUGUAAUGAAAGUAAUGCAGACAUGUGUGCUCUAAUUAUAUGAGGCUAAACAAAUAAAAUUUAACAAUAAAAUUCAGUAAUUUAUUCUCUGCUAAUCAUCCCCUUAAACAUCAGUUCUUAUAAAAUGUUUUCACUCCUAUACACAAUAGUAUUCAUCAUAUAAUGUCUAUCAUUAUUAAAGUAAUUGAGUAAUAAAGGAGGAUAAUGUACACACAGCAAAAUUAACCCUUUCAGGGUGAUUAAAAAGCCUAAUCCUGGUGGGGAUGACAACUUUCGUUUAUGAAUGAACUAUUCCUUUAAGAAGAAAUUAACACAUUCAUACUGAUUCACUGUGACAGGAAUGCACUGCCCUCUUACCUCAACUCCGCCUCACAUUGUAGAUUCAAGGCCAGAUUCUGAACACAUUCUUCCCACCAUCAGAGAGUUUUUGCUACAGUAAAA